AGGUUGGCGUUUCCUUGUCACUUUCCCGCCCGGCUCCUAAGGCUGGGCAUUAAAGGGCCCCCUCGCUCAGCCUCCUGCCCUUUUCCCCAGUGCAUUUCCUCUGCUUUCCAUCGCCUGGAGUAAGGAGGGCUCCAGAGGAGAGACAGGUAGGAAAAGAUCUGUUCCUGACAUUGAGCUCUUCUCCUAUCAUGUCGGAGCCGAUAACGCUAAACGUCGGUGGGAAGUUGUAUACCACUUCGCUCUCCACCUUGACCAGCUUCCCAGAUUCCAUGUUGGGUGCCAUGUUCAGUGGGAAGAUGCCCACCAAGAGGGACGGCCAAGGCAACUGCUUCAUCGACAGAGACGGGAAGGUUUUCCGCUACAUCCUCAACUUCUUGAGAACCUCUCACCUGGACCUCCCUGAAGACUUCCAAGAAAUGGGGCUGCUCCGACGAGAAGCAGAUUUCUACCAGGUCCAGCCGUUGAUCGAGGCCUUGCAGGAGAAGGAGGUGGAGCUCUCCAAAGCAGAAAAGAACGCCAUGCUCAAUAUCACCUUGGACCAGAGGAUUCAGAUGGUUCAUUUCACGGUACGUGAAGCUCCCCAGAUCUACAGCCUGUCGUCUUCCAACAUGGAAGUGUUCACCGCUCACAUAUUCAGCACCUCCAGCUUGUUUCUGAAGCUUCUAGGAUCUAAAGUCUUCUACUGUUUCAACGGCAACCUCUCCUCAAUAUCCAGCUACCUGGAAGAUCCCUACCAUGUCACCUUAGACUGGGUUGCGAGUGUAGAAGGCCUUCCUGAAGAAGAGUACACCAGGCAGAACUUGAAGCGAUUGUGGGUAUUGCCGUCUAAGAAGCAAAUUAACAGUUUCCAGAUGUUUGUGGAAGAGGUACUGAAAAUUGCCAUGAGCGAUGGCUUUUGCGUCGAUUCUUCUCACCCGCACUCCUCUGAUUUCAUGAAUAAUAAGAUUAUCCGGCUAAUUCGGUAUAAGUAGACAAAGCUUUUUGUAUUUUUCAGUGGUAGCGAGGACAUGUUGGACUCGUGUCUUCUCAACAUAAGGCCCAGAUGCACUAAUCUGAAUUUGGAAGUUAAUCCUCACUUGAUUGACUAACUUCCACUAAUUUGGAAGUUAAUCCUCACUUGGUUGACUAACCGGUCUGCGUUGACACUCAGAUAGGGAUGGGCAAUGAAUUGGUAUGUGGGCUAAAUGGAGCAACUGCACAAUUCACUUUCAGCAGGACUUUGUCAACAGACUGUGCUUCUCCAAGAAACAUUGUUCGAAAGGGAGGAGUCCGUUUUGUCAUUGUUAUGAUGGCACCAGCAGUGGCAUUAGCACUGGGAGAAGGGAGUGUCUGCAUCAUACUUGUUCUUCCCUCUUUUUGCUUGUUUGAUGCUAUUGUGCCUGGUAGAGAAGAAGCAAAACAUCAAGGCAGAAAAGGUGAAGAAGGGAAGAAGGGACAAUAUUGCAGGACUGAGUUGUAUUGAGUUUAUAGAAUAGCCCACAGCUGGAAUGAAACUGCCCAUCUCUACUCUGGAAAAACAAUUAGUAAUAUUUGAAUGGUUUACUAAUCAGUGUUUCUCAACCUGGGGGUCGGGACCCCUGUGGGGGUCGCUAGGGGGUGUCAGAAGGGUCGCCAAAGUCCAUCAGAAAACAGUAUUUUCUGUUGGUCAUGGGGGUUCUGUGUGGGAAGUUUGGUCCAAUUCUAUCACUAGUGGGGUUCAGAAUGCUAUUUCAUUGUGGGUGAACUACAAAUCCCAACAACUACAACUCCCAAAUGUCAAGGUCUAUUUUCCCCGAACUCCACCAGUGUUCACAUUUGGGCAUAAUGAGUAUUUGUGCCAAGUUUCAUCCAGAUCUACCAUUGUUUGAGUCCACAGUGUUUUCUGGGUGUAGGUGAACUACAACUCCAAAAACUCAAGGUCAAUGUCCACCAGACCCUCCCAGUAUUUCCUCUUGGUCAUGGGAAUUCUGUGUGCCGAGUUUGAUUCAAUUCCCUCAUUGGUGGAGUUCAGAAGGCUCUGUGAUUUUAAGUGAACUAUAAAUCCCAGCAAUUCUAACAUUCCCAAAUGACAAAAUCAAUCACCCCCAACCCCACCAGUAUUCAAAUUUGGGCAUAUCGAGUAUUUGGGAUUUGAAAAUACAUCCUGCAUAUCGGAUAUUUACAUGACGAUUCAUAACAGUACCAAAAUUACAGUUAUGAAGUAGCAACAAAAAUAAUGUCACCACAACAUGAGGAACUCUGUUAAGGGGUCACAGCAUUAGGAAGGUUGAGAAACACUGGUUUACUUAAAGAUGGGGGAUUUAAGAUUUUCUUCUUUUGUCUACUGGCAGAAGACGACUACUAAUCUCUUAUUUUCCCUCUGGAUACUAGUGCAAUCUAAUUUAUCAGAAAUUGCUGCUAUGAAUCUACAAUUCUUAGGGAUGUAUGCACUUGUGCACAAACUAAACUUCAGCAGUGAAAAGGUUUCUGAGUGAAGAAAACCUCUGAGUUGAGCAUAGCGUGAUAAUUGUUGAAACACAUUCCCUCACCUACAUCAUAUGAGCUCUGGCACAUAAAUAUAAAUAUGCUCAAAUCCCUCAGUCACAGUUUUGCCUCUUAUUUUUAAAUGUGAACGCCUAGUUUAUCAGAUUUAGAAGAAAUAAAGAAGCAAGCUCUAGAUGUUUGGAGUGACAACAACAGGAGAAAAUGGAGCAAGGCAAAAUGGUAGGAAGCUAUUAGUGCUAGACAUUUGCACAAACUGUCCUGCUGACUGGUUGCCAGAAGGCAAAGGAAGCAACUUGACGAUGCCCACCAGCCAUUCAAGAAACACAGCCCACAAAAGUUAGACAACAACAAAAUACGUUCUUGGAGCCCUUUUAGAAUUCACAAGAUUUAAAAAAAAAUCACAAGCUGGUUCCUAGACAUCUAGUAAAGUAAAGGUAAAGGUUUUCCCCUGACAUUAAGUCUAGUCAUGCCCGACUCUGGGGGGUUGUGCCCAUCUCCAUUUCUAAGCCGAAGAGUCAGUGUUGUCCAUAGUCGCCUCCAAGGUCAUGGGGCUAGCAUGACUAAAUGGAGUGCCAUUACCUUCCUGUCAGAAGCGGUAUAGAAUCAUAGAAUCAAAGAGUUGGAAGAGACCUCAUGGGCCAUCCAGUCCAACCCCCUGCCAAGAAGCAGGAAUAUUGCAUUCAAAUCACCCCUGACAGAUGGCCAUCCAGCCUCUGUUUAAAAGCUUCCAAAGAAGGAAC